AUGUCAGGUGAAAACAACCUCCAAACCCUCCUAGCAACAAUGCAGCCAAGCCUAGACCCAACAACCUACGUCUUCCUAACAACCAAUCAACCCCUCCACACACUCCCCCUAUCAACCCUCGAACCCCAACUCCUCGUCAAAGAAGACGAAGGCACAACAAUCGUGACAACAAAGUCUCUAGCCAACUCUCAUGGCUUCACUGAAUCUACCUUCCCCUGCAAGAAGAUCACUCUUACCAUUCACUCCAGCCUGGAAGCGGUCGGACUCAUCGCUGCUAUAAGCAAUCGACUAAAGGACCAUGGGAUCAGUGCCAAUGUUGUGAGUGGGUAUUUCCAUGAUCACAUUUAUGUACCUGGCACUAGAGCUGAGGAUGCGAUGCGGGUUUUGGGGGAGUUUGCUGGUGAGGGCAGCAAUUGA